CCGCUGUGAAGCUGACCGGUGCUGCGUCCCAUAUCUCACAGUGCUUUGCUGUUGCAGUGCAAGUCAGCAACAUAAAGAGGAGUUUGAGUGGGUGGGCAAGUGAGACAGCAGGAAAGUGAGACAGAGAAAGGGAGUGUGUGUAAGAGAGAGGGAGAGAAAGGAGCAGUGGGUGGUGCAAAGUGAGCACAGGAAGAGGAGUCUGAAUGAAGAAUGAAAGAGAGAAAGAGAGCGAGAGAGAAAGAGAGGGGCAUUAAUAUGGACUUGAGGGGAGAGGCUUAGUCAAAGUGUUCUGAUCCGCUCCUGUUCAUUUACUAAUCCCAGUCUGGGGUGUUAGCUGGAUAUGAGUCGUCAUCUCUUUCCUGGCUUAUCCUCAGCAUUCCAAACCCUGCAGAGCUGCACACCAAUAGCUGGAGCAUCACUCGUGGUCAACAUGUGGGCUGGACUCUGCUGAGGAUGACCGGUUGAUGGCUGCAGGCUAAGCGAGAGUGUGAGAGCUGUGUGAGAGCUUUAGGAUGGCCAGUGAAGGCUCUACCCUUCCAAGCCCCGUGGUGCGCCAGAUCGACAAGCAGUUCCUGAUCUGCAGCAUAUGCCUGGAUCGCUACGACAACCCCAAGGUCCUCCCCUGUCUCCACACCUUCUGUGAAAGGUGCCUGCAGAACUAUAUCCCAGCCCACAGCCUGACGCUGUCGUGCCCCGUGUGCCGCCAGACGUCCAUCCUGCCAGAGAAAGGCGUGGCGGCCCUGCAGAGCAACUUCUUCAUCACCAACCUGAUGGAGGUGCUGAAGAGGGGCCCGGACAGCGGCCGAGGAGACGAGCGUACCGGACUGGACUCCAUUGAGUCCGUGGCAACAGGACAGCCUCUCUCCUGCCCAAACCACGGAGGCAAUGUGAUGGAGUUUUACUGCCCGCCGUGUGAGACAGCUAUGUGUGAGGAGUGCACCAGCGGAGAACAUGCAGAGCAUGCUACUGUGCCCCUCAAAGACGUCCUGGAGCAGCAUAAAGCCUCCCUGCAGGAGCAGCUAGAUGCCGUCAAACAGAGACUUCCAGAGAUCGAUUCUGCCUUGCAGGUGCUAUCAGAGAUCCUGCAACAGCUGACAAAUCAGAAGAGUUUGAUCGAGGAUGACAUCCAUGCCACCUUCGAUGAGCUGCAGAAGACUCUAAAUGUCCGCAAGAGCGUGCUGCUCAUGGAGCUGGAGGUCAAUUAUGGACUCAAACAGAAAGUGCUGCAGACGCAGUUGGCCUCGCUCCUGCAGGGUCAGGACGGCAUGCGCAGCAGCUGCAGCUUCACCGAGCAGGCGCUGAGCCACGGAUCCGAGGCUGAGGUUUUACUGGUGAAGAAGCAGAUGAGCGAGCGCCUGGGAGAAUUGGCCAAUCAGGACUUGCCGCUGCAGCCCGAGGAGAACAGCCAGCUGGAGUUUCUGGUCGAGACAGAGGGUUUGAGGAAGUCCAUCCACAACCUAGGUGCCAUCGUUACCACCAACGCUGUCGCAGGGGAAACUGUAGCGACAGGUGAGGGACUGCGUCACUGCACGGCAGGGCGUCCCACGUCCGUCACAGUAACAACUAAGGACAAGGACGGCGGUCUGUGCCGGAUGGGCGGCGCGCUACUGACUGCCCAGCUGAGUGACGUAGAGGAUGGGAUACCUUUCAACGAGGGUGAGCUCAUGGACCACAAGAACGGGACAUACGAGUUCCUGUACACGCUGCCCCGAGAGGGACGCUUCACGCUCUCUCUACGACUCUACGGCCACCACAUCCGCGGGAGUCCCUUCAGCAUUCGAGCCAACAAACCUGUUGACCCUCUGGCCAAUGCUGAUGGUGCCAAAAAGAGGCUGAAGUCACCAGGCAGCGGCCAUGUCAAACAGCGCGCCAUCAAACGGCCAGCCAGCAUGUACAGCUCAGGGAGGAGGAAGGAAAACCCCAUUGAGGACGACCUCAUGUUUCGAAUCGGAACUAAAGGAAGAAAUAAGGGAGAAUUCACCAACCUGCAGGGAGUGGCAGCUUCCAAUGUUGGAAAAGUCUUAAUAGCAGACAGUAACAAUCAGUGUGUUCAGAUAUUUUCUAAUGAUGGACAGUUUAAGAGUCGUUUUGGGGUGCGUGGGCGAUCGCCAGGGCAGCUCCAGCGGCCCACCGGAGUUGCUGUGCACCCCACCGGUGACAUCAUCAUCGCAGAUUAUGAUAACAAAUGGGUCAGCAUUUUUUCCAACGAUGGAAAAUUUAAGACUAAAAUCGGCUCAGGGAAGCUGAUGGGUCCUAAAGGUGUGACAGUUGACAGAAAUGGCCACAUCAUCGUGGUGGACAACAAAGCCUGCUGUGUCUUCAUCUUCCAGCCCAACGGCAAACUCGUCACCAAGUUUGGCAAUCGUGGUAAUGGUGACAAACAGUUUGCAGGUCCCCAUUUUGCAGCAGUGAACCAGAAUAAUGAAAUCAUUGUAACUGAUUUCCAUAACCACUCUGUAAAGGUAUUUAAUCCAGAGGGAGAAUUUCUGCUGAAGUUUGGCUCAAAUGGUGAGGGAAAUGGCCAGUUUAAUGCCCCCACUGGAGUUGCAGUGGAUGUCAAUGGCAAUAUCAUAGUAGCUGACUGGGGCAAUAGCAGAAUACAGGUGUUUGAUGGCAGCGGAUCUUUUCUUUCCUACAUCAACACCUCCGCUGACCCGCUCUACGGCCCACAGGGACUGGCCCUGACCUCCGACGGCCAUGUGGUGGUGGCUGACUCGGGGAACCACUGUUUUAAAGUUUACCGAUAUCUUCAAUAACACUCCCCCGUCCCUCAUCCCUCACUGCUCAAAACACAGACGUUUGUGCUCAUCUCCCAGCUCGGCCUCACCACACUCUCUGUGCCAUACACCACCCUUGCGUCACAUCGUCCUCUGUGGCGUCUAUACUGACCUACUUCCUGCUCUCUGAGCUUUCAAAGGCACUUACUUCAUUCUUACCUGUUCUUUUUAUUUGAAAGAAAAUAGGAUUACACACUGGUGGGGAGGGAGGGAGUCGGAUGCUGGAGUUCUUUCUGAAGCUGAUUCUGGUGGAGUGCUGAAUGAAGAAUGCUGUUUUGGAGAUUUGAAGAAAGGUAAAAGGUUAAAAAAAAAAAAAAAAAAAAGAGUUUGAAUAUUACAGCACUGAGGACACAGGCAGUGAAGCCAGUAGUGUUAUGAAAGACUGAUAUGAUUACAGUUUACAUCAAUGACUGUAUAUAAGUACGGACACUGUGAUUCCAUUUACUUCCAAAAAUCAGAGCCUGUGCAGUGAAACCAAAAGUGCAGUCAGAUUCGCCUACUCAUUUGGUAGCCCCACCCUCUUUUCCCAGACCAAGUGUCUCAGGCCGCCUUCAUUGAGUUUGUAGCACAGCCUUGAAAACCACUAGUGGAGCGUUUUGUAUGGCUACAACUGUAAAAGUGCAGUUCAUGUAUUCUAUGACCAAACUACAUUUCCAUUUUCAUUAAAUUAUAUCAAAUACAGUACCAGGUCUUAUCUCUGUUUACUGCUGAGACAAACUAAGGCUGCUGCGGUCUAGUGUGACGAAAAGUCCAGCACGUCUAACUGUUAACGUCAGCUGGCUAUUGGAAAAAAGCUAAUUGCAUAAAAUUGGUCGUUUUACACUAAUAUCAGACUUGCCAAAAUAGAAAACUGCAAAAAAUGUUAAUGCAACCAAAGUUAAUAAAGAGGAUAAAAGUGAGUUGGAAAAUGGGCGUGGCUGUUUUUAUCAUUGAAACAUAUGAGGCUGGGUGGGGCUACACAUCAUACUGCAACCAAAAAGCAGGCUAGUACUAGUAACCAGUACUAGUUUUUGUUUUGUCCAUGUUUAUAUACAGUCAAUAGUUCAGAUCAUGUUAACACUGUUUACUGUGCUUCUGGGAAAUGAAGUCAGGAUUCAAACAGUUGAAUACUGUGAUCAGCCUCGUUUUACCCAUUUCAAAUCUUUUAUUUAUAAAGAUGUGACAGCAUAGUCUGAAAUUAAACACACAGGUCAACCCAUAGAUAAAGUCCUGCCGUGUUCUCUGUCCAAAACAAUAUGUUCUACUAUUUUAGGAGGACAUAACAGUGUGUUUACGGGGUCAUCUUUAAAAAACAAAAACAAAAAAACAAGAAUGCACUGGAAUUUAAGGGAUGUAAUCACAGUUGAUUAUUAGGCUGAUUAUGAACACAAUAAGCAUUCUGUGUGUCUGUUUAUGUGUGUCUGAUGCCCACAAAAGGCCGUGUGUGAUUAUUAAGCAUGUACAGUCCGUUAUUCAUGUUUACUCUGUAAUAUGCAACAAGAAAGGGAAGCACUUAUUAUUAUUUAAAAAAAAAAUAAAUAAAUAAGCUCCUUGAGCCUUAAGGCCAGAUUUUGUUUAAAAAAAUUCAAUUUGUAUUUAAUUUAUAGCACCUUUUUAACCCCUCAUUAUUAUUGAUUAUGUGUUUGUCUUUCAGUGCCGGGGUCUGUUAUUGUGUUACACAAGUUUAACACAAAUUCAUCACCAGUUUUUCUUGCCUGUGGUUGGAGAUAUACUUGCUGCUAGCUAAGCAUUUGUGUAUGCAGGAUGUCUGCCUUCCGUAUCCUGCGUCUGUUUGGUGUGUCUGUUGUGCACAAAAAUACAAAAGAUUCGUCCCGUUUAAAAGGUUUAAAACUGGAAUUUAAUAGCUUAAAAAUUAUGUUUGCAGCACUGGAACAUUUGAUAUUGUUGUGUUGAGACAGUUAGUAUUUGUGUUAGUAUAAAAAUGAUCAAACAUUUAUAAAUUAUGAUUUUCCUUAAUUGCUCCAUAUGAACCCAUUCAUUGUGGACUCACUUGGGAGUGCCCUCUAGUAUCUGACAAUCCCAAAACACAUUCUAAAAUUAGUAUUCUCCACUGUAAAAGUUGUUCUUGGCAUUGUGGCAGCCUGUAGUGGAAGCCUCGAGUAAUUCUAGUAGCACAUAGGUGCACACAGUUCACAGCGCAGCCGGUUAUCUACACAUAUGUACAGCCAAACAGCAAGUAUAUCUCUAGCUUAAUGUGUAUCAGCAGAGCUCUCUCUAGGACACUUUCAUAUAAUACACCAUGAAUAGCUAAAGAAGAAUGGCUACUAUGGUUGUGGCCUCCAACACAGCAUGCUUUAACUUAUGAACAAUGCAGAACCUUGUUACAGAACCUUGUUGCAGAACCAUGAUGCCAAAUGGAACAGAAGUGCCCGUAGUGUUGAGUUAACAAUUAGAAGUAAGUGUUAACUACAGAACAUGUUUCUAAGUGAUAGUUUAGAGAGAGAUAUCCUGAUCCUGUUAAUUUUCCUGCACAUAUUCUAGCAAGCCCCACCUCCUACACCAUGCUUAUGCAAUAUCAGAGUCCUGGUUUUGUAUUCUGGGAUGUCUCAGGCUGCGCAUGAGUGAAAACAGACCCUGUUAGUAUUAAUACAGCACUUGAAGCGACGCUGAAACUAAAAUAUAUUAAUGAUCUUCAUCUUCUAUGUGAUGUAUUUACGUAUUGCAGCUCAAUAUGUUAAAAAUAAGCUGCGGUGUGAAGUUUGUGUUUUGUGAUGAUUACAUCACGUCUUACACUAUGAGAUUUCAGAAUUGAGAUUUACUGUCUUUGAGUUUUACCAUUAUCUGAUUACCCAGAUUCAUGUAAAUACGUCAGAUUACUGAUGAACUGAUAUUACUGAUGUUCUGCAGUGAUCAGAUUCUCUUAUUUAUCAAAUUAACGGAAUAAUCAUUAAAAACUAGAUCUGGCUAGAUGUGUCCAAAAUAGUAGGCAGAUCUGUAGAUCAUGCUAAAGUGACAGAAAAUGUCAAACUGAUAAAUUGAUAUUCAGAUGUUUUUGUUUCAAAAAGAAAUUUUACACAUUAUUUGUUUGUAAAACACUAAAAUAACAUCUAAAAUAAAAUGUUAUAUUAAGACAUAUUGAAUGUGAUUAUAUGUUUAAAUGACAGCUGAGCUUGAGGCUUUUAAAAAAAAAGCAAUUCUGUAAAAAUACUAAACCAUUUUUCUCACAGAUAAAAACAACCGCUAACUCUGUGUUUGGGUAUUACCUUGACUGAAUUCUGGUUUUAUUGCAGUGCAGGAGGUGGAGCUUAUCAGAAUAAAGUUAGGAAACAGAGCAUUCUUUGGUUCUUCAAUAAAACAUACAAGUUUAACUAA